AUGUUUACAAUACAGUGCAUACUGUUACUUUCAGUAUUACUGUACUCAGCUUACUGUAAUCCAACCACAGUAUGUCCAGAAGUAAAUGCAUCUAAUCGUCCUAACUACUGCAAAAAAGCUUGCCAUCGGGAUGAACAAUGUAAGAGAAGUAAUAAACGAUGUCUAUGUGAUGGUCCUUGUGGCUUAUCUUGCGUUAAUCCAUCGAUAACUUGUCAUCCUUUGGUUGAUCUCCCAAAUGGAUUUAUUCGAACGCCAAGUGACUUUUUAUUUGGCUCAAAUGCAGAAUAUGGUUGCAAUGAAGGAUAUGUACUGAUUGGUCCUUCGCAGCGACGUUGUCAGGGAAAUCGAGAAUGGAGUGGUACUAAACCUGAGUGCAAGCUUCUGAAAAAUUGUGGUCCACCACCAGAAAUUCCUUACGCCCAACAUGAUGGCAAUUCAUACAGCGGUCGUUAUGAACUUGAAAGUGAAGUUCAUUACACUUGUGUGCCAGGUUACCAUCGAUAUAAUAAUAAAGGCAUAACGAUAUCAAAAUGUUUACUGAACCGAGAAAAAACAGCACAAUGGUUUGGUCCCGAAUUGCGUUGUCGAGCUCGUAGUUGUCCUGAUCCUGGCAGCAUAAUGAAUGGAGUGCGAAAGGGUGAUUUAUAUUAUUAUCCUCAUACGAUCGAAAUAGUUUGUCUGCCUGGUUAUCAACUGAUUGGAUCAUCAACGCUUCGUUGUUUGAGCAGUGGACAGUGGAAUGCGCAAUUACCUCAAUGUAAACCGACAGAAUGUAGAAGACCAUCCGAUCCAUUGCAUGGCAAGGUGCUUGGCAGUUCGUUAACAUAUCAGUCGCGAGUAACCUAUUCUUGUAAGGCAGGUUAUCGCCUUGUUGGUCAAGUGCAGAGAAUAUGUCUUGCCGAGGGUGUAUGGGCUGGUAACGAGCCAAUUUGUGAAGAAAUUCGCUGUCCACAAUUGCCUCCACUACACAAUGGUUACAUCGAAGGCGAUGAUACUCGUUUUGGUUCAAUUGUUGUAUUUCGCUGUUUGGAAGGAAUGAAUCAUAUUGGUGCACCCUAUGCUAAAUGUGAAGACGAUGCUCGAUGGUCCCAUCCUUUGCCUACAUGUCUAAGUGGAUGUCGCAUACCUGAAUUAACCUAUGGCCAUGUUGUGAAUCACAUGCCAUCUCAGAUUGCAUUACAUGGAGAACGAUUGAAAGUAGAGUGUAUACCGAAACAUGAAAUAGUAGAAGCUGAAGAUACAAUACUUUGCCAGAAUGGCACAUGGUCACAUAUACCUACCUGUAUACCAGUACGUUGCAAAUCCUGGCCACCACGAAUGCCUAAUGCUAAAGUAGUAUUUGCGAAGUCAUCUCAUGGUGCAUUUGCACGGUAUGAAUGCAACAAAGGUUAUCAGCCAUCAGGAAGUCAUAAUACCGUCAAGUGCUUGUAUGGUGAGUGGUCCACUGAAGGUGAACCGUUUUCCUGCCAACCAGUUCUCUGUGAGCAUCCAUUCAAAACGUUUGGAAUGUUAGAAGGUGGGCAAAUUAUGUUAGAAGGUCAAAUGGGUGCAUAUGACUAUGCACAAUAUAUAUCAGAAGUUGAAGAAGGUCGCUCCAUUUCAUUUCAGUGCAAAAAAGGAUAUGUACUACUUGGUUCACCAAAAGCCACAUGUGUCAAUGGUGAUUGGAUGCCGCGCAAGAAACCAAAAUGUGUGUCACAGACGCAUCCCAUGGUGGAAGGGCAGAUCUCUUGGAUGCGAUUUCGUCGUUCAGUACCGUGUGAACCUAUUGUGAUUGAUUAUAAAAGAAAAAUAUAUAUUACCAAAGGAGGUCAAAUCCCGCGAGAAAUUUUGGUUACUUGCUCCAAAGGCUUUCAUCUUGAAAGUUCUCCAACAAAUGGAGUAGUAGUUAAAUGCAGAAAUGGAAAGUGGAUACCGCAAGUUCCUCAGUGUAUCCCAGAUGACUGUCAGAUCCCGAUGCGAAAUCACGUAUUUUUCCUUGAUGUACGCUCAGAGCGAAUUUUGCAGUCUGGUGAUCAAAUACAACAUGGAAGUAAUGCAAGAAUGAUUUGCAUGCAUGGUUAUGAACUACGUGGAAAUGACAAUUUAGAAUGCAAACAGGGCAUAUUUAUUGAGCAGAUUGGACGUUGCAAACCAAAACACUGCAAAUUAGAAACUACUGAAAGUAUCCAUUUCGGUGUUAAUAAAACACAGCUGAAGCAUAAUGAAGAGAUUUACGUGACUUGUAACGCAGUUGUAGUCAAAAUGAAGUGCCGAUUUGGUGAAAUACAUCCACGCUUCAGUUGUAAUGAUAAUGGAUCAUCACUGGCUUCUUGUCGUCGUCCCAAUGAUUAUCAGCCAUUUAUUGCAUACCGUAUGACUAACGUAAGUGGUCAAUUAAUCCGUUUAGACAUUAAUGCAGAAGAGCUAAUGUUUCCAAAAAAUACCAUAAUUCAAUAUAUCUGUGCAGAUAAACUGCACAAAAUUGAUGCAAAUGGAAUUGAAUGUUUGAAUGGUGAAUGGUUCACGCGCCUUCUGCCAUGUGUGCAGCCAUCCGAUGCACAGUUAAACAAGCAAACUGAUGGGAUGUGCACGAUGCCUAAUCUUGCUUCUUUUUAUAGAGUUUUUAACAUUGAAAAUCCUGUUAUUUCAAACAAAUCACGAUUUGCUCCAGGAAGUACUUUAAAGGUAGGCUGCGCAGUAGGAUUUUUAAUGGAUAAUGAUAGAAUGAUGCAAUUGCGUUGUAUUCGAAGCAAAUGGGUUACCACCAGCAUGCUUCACUGUCACUCAGAUACACAAUCAUGUGAAUAUCGAGUGAGUGAACAGUCAUACUUGAUUGCGUUUUCUGUUAAACACAAACAGCAGAUCACUUUUAAUCAACGAUUUGUAGAUGGAACAGAGUUAAUAUUUUCGUGUCAAGAAUAUGGUAUGCAGCAAUUAAAAGGAAGCGAUGUUAUCCGUUGUAGAGGAGGCACAUGGAUUCCUAAAAUACCGAAAUGCAUCGUAUUAGACGCAAAUAAUACUGCUGAUGGUGCACCUCCAAUUAAGUUGGAAUUAGAGCAUGGUUUGCAUACAGUAACACCACGUGGAGAACUUGUGGUAAAUAUAUCAACAACGUUUCGGCUUCAGUGUCUAUUCCCUCGUUUCAAAGGACAACCAAAGUGGGAAGUUUCCACAACGUACCGUAAAUACGCGCAAGCAUGGACUAAAGUGAAUUUGCCACAAAAAUUACAAGCGGAUGCCUAUGAAUUGAUCGUAUCUGUGUCACGUCCAGAAGAUGGGGGAUUUUUUCACUGUAUCCUUCCUAGUGGAAGUCGAAAUACUGUCAAAAUUAUUGUUAAAGACCAAAGAUGCCUUCCUUUCACUUAUUCAACGAACUUACAAAUUUUCUACACCAGCACAUCUCUAUUCAUCGGCACGAUUGCGCAGUUUUCUUGUAAAACAGGUUUUUAUAUUGAUGGAUCCCAUUCAUCGACUUGUCUUAGCUCUGGAAAAUGGUCUCAUAAUGCACCAAAUUGUCGAGCAUUGCAGUGUCCACCUCUAAUAAUUACGGAUGCUGAAUUGAGAGUAGUGGUUACAACUUUUAAUAGUGGAGGUGUUGCUCGACUUUCUUGUCCAGCGACACAUAUUUUUGAUGGUCCCAGGACAUUAUAUUGUCUUUCAAAUGGUCAGUGGUCUGCUUCUAUGCCACAGUGCAGAAGUGUGAAAUGUGGAAGACCAGAAGCACCUCGACAUGGUCUUAUAGUCGGAGAAUUGAAGGACGAAUAUAGUGUACGAGAAGUGGUUGUGUUCGAAUGCAAACGUGGUUACAUGUUAACUGGCUCUGACUACAGCGUCUGUCAAGCAAAUGGGAGCUGGACUCACGUUAAUGUAAAAUGUGUGGCGAUCUGUCGUUACCCUGGAAAACCUGAACAAGGAGACAGUACCUCACUUGCAAAAGCUUACUAUCUUGUAGGGGAAAAAGUGGUAUACUACUGCACUUCAACAGAGUAUCGUCUUGAUUCAGAAAAUGUAUUAGAAUGUAUAUCUUCUGAAAAAUGGAGUCGCAAGGUUCCAGAAUGUGUAUAUAUUGGAAAAGACUAA